GUCAGCUCAUAGAGUCGAAAGAUCCCUCAAACCUCUGUAAGCCCCACUGUGACUCGCGAUUUCUCCUUCGAUAGCCAACUCAAACUCGAAGGACGACUCAGCCCCCGAAUCCACCGCCGAUUGGACCGUCUUGCGUGUCUGAUCGGAGAAUCUUUGAGGGUCCAGGAUGGUGGGUUCUUCAGCACCAACAACAUGACCGGCAAUAAUAUUGUUUGAUUUGAAGGAUGGAGGAAGUUUGUCUAAAUAGUGAGCCGGUAUUCGAUGAAGGUGAUGAGUAUGAUGUUGAAGGGGACUGCACUGUGGUGGAACGUGAUGAUGAAACUGAGGAAACACAAUUAAGAAAGGGACCCCCUUCACCAACUGUGGGUUUGGAGUUCGAUUCUUUUGAUGAAGCUUAUGAUUUUUACAAUAUUUAUGCUAAAGAACAGGGUUUUGGCAUCAGAGUGAGCAAUUCAUGGUUUAGAUCUAAGAGAAAAGAGCGAUAUAGGGCAAAACUUAGCUGCAGUAGUGCCGGUUUCAAGAAAAAGAGUGAAGCAAACAAUCCAAGACCAGAAACAAGAACUGGCUGUCCUGCAAUGAUAGUCAUCAAGCUGGUGGACUCCAAGAGGUGGAGGAUAGUUGAAGUUGAGCUUGGGCACAACCAUCAGGUCAGUCCACAAAUCAAACGAUUUUAUAAGUCUCAUAAAAGGAUGAUUCUUGCAGCCAAAAAAGCACAACCACCACCUGAGCCUGUUGCAGAAAUACACACCAUUAAGCUGUAUCGAACAGCUGUUAUAAAUACUGGCCAUAAUGAAUACCCGAAUUUCAGUGAAAUUGAAGGUAUCAAUCCUGUUGAUAACUCAAAACAUUUGGAACUUAAAGAAGGAGAUGCUCAUGCAGUUUAUAACUACUUUUGUCGCAUGAAGCUGACAAAUCCUAACUUCUUUUACUUGUUUGAUCUUGAUGAUGAUGGGCGCCUAAGGAAUAUAUUUUGGGCUGAUGCCAGGUCUAGGGCUUCAUAUGGUUAUUUUUGUGACACAGUUGCAAUAGACACAACAUGCUUGGCAAACAAAUAUGAGAUCCCUCUGCUAUCGUUUGUCACUGUGAACCACCAUGGGCAGUCCGUGUUGUUAGGCUGUGGCUUCCUAGGACACGAGUCUGUAGAGUAUUUUGUUUGGAUUUUAAGAGCAUGGCUUAAAUGCAUGCUUGGACGCCCUCCACAAGUGAUUGUUACUGAUCUGUGUAAACCCUUGCAAAGUGCAGUCUCUGAGGUUUUCCCAAAUGCUCGCCACUGCUAUUGUAUGUGGUAUAUCAUGCAAAGAGUUCCAGAGAAGUUGGGAGGAUUGAAGGGAUUUGAAGCAAUCAAAAGACAACUGAACAAAGCUGUGUAUGAUUCCUUGAAGAUAGCAGAGUUUGAAACUUCUUGGGCCGACAUGAUCAAGUGGCAUAAACUAGGGGAUAAUAAAUGGCUUCAAGCACUGUAUGAAGACAGGGAGUUGUGGGUUCCAGUUUACUUGAAAGACAUAUUUUUUGCAGGAAUGGUCCCUAUCCGAGAAAAUGAGAGCUUGAUUGCCUUUUUUGAGGGUUAUGUACAUAAACAUACGUCUUUUAAAGAAUUUGUCGAUAAGUAUGAUCUGGCUCUACAUAGGAAGCACCUCAAAGAAGCCAUGGCAGAUACAGAGUCGAGAAAUUCAAGCUUUGAAUUGAAAACAAGAUGCAAUUUUGAGGUGCAGCUCUCUAAGGUGUAUACAAAAGAAAUUUUUAAGAGGUUCCAGUCCGAGGUCGAAGGCAUGUACUCUUGCUUCAACACGAAGCAGGUGAAUGUCAAUGGACCAAUAAUAACGUAUAUAGUUAAAGAACGAGUUGAGGUAGAAGGAAACGAGAGGGAAGUCAGAUAUUAUGAAGUUUUGUACGAGACAACACAGGUGGAUAUCCGAUGCAUCUGCAGUUUGUUCAACUAUAAAGGUUAUCUAUGCCGGCAUGCAUUAAAUGUUCUUAAUUAUAAUGGCGUUGAAGAAAUCCCGUCUCGCUAUAUUCUGCCCCGUUGGAGUAAAGACUUCAGGUGCAGGUAUCGUUUGGACCAUAACUCAAGUAACAUUGAUGUGUAUGAUCCAGUGGAGUGGCACAAUCAUCUGCACAAACUUGCUUUAUCGAUUGUGGGAGAAGGCGCGCAGUCUCACGAACACUAUAAGAUUGCAUUGCAAGAAUUAGAGGGGUUGUUAAACAAGUUUAAUGCUGUAGAGAAUGACUUUGUAUGAUAGAGAACAUUACGCUAUCUGAUCCAAGAAAUGCUGAGGUUUGAUUAUACUAA